AAAUUUAGCAAAUUGUUAGAAUCUAACAGUUUUCUACUUGAAUUUAAGUAAUUGUAAAACAAGUAUUUCAGAAGAUUGCUUUGACUAAAUGUUCAAAAGUUGCAAACAGCUGUCUUAAUUAACAUUUAUGUUUAAUAAUAACAAGGCCUAUGAUGAAUUUUUAUUUAAUUUCGCUAAAUAAUUAUCAAGCUGCAAAAAUUUGGAUUAUUUAAAUGUUCAGUUUAACAAUAACUAUUCACAAGGAAGCUACUUAACUGAUUUAGGAAAAAGUUUAGAAAGUUGCUUAGAAAUUAAAACAAUUUUAUUAUAAAUAAAAAAUAAUUAUUUAGGAAAUUAGUGUAUAUCUGACUUUUGCAAAAGCUUAAAAAAAUGCUAGAACCUGAUGAAUUUGCAACUUGAUUUUAGCCGAAAUAACGAAAUCAGUGAUUAGUUUUUAACAGAUUUAGGGAAUUAGAUAUAAGAUUAUAACAACCUCACCAUUUUAGAUUUGGAUUUAAGUUGUAACACAAUCGAUACUUAAGGUGUUAUGGACUUCAGCGUAGGACUGAGGGAAUGUAAGAAUAUAUCAAGAUUGUCACUUAACUUUUACGAUAACUACAUUUAAGAUGAUGGUGCAACAAAUUUAUGUUAAAAUCUCCCCAAAAAUCUUAAAGAUUUAUCUCUUAAAUUAGGUGGGAAUCAAAUUACUUAACAAGGAGCCAUUAUUUUAUCUGAAGCGCUUGCAAAUUAUAAAAUGUUAGAAAGCUUUAACCUUUUUAUAAAUAAAAAUUUAAUACUUUCAGAUGGCUUAGCUAUUCUAGCAAGAUCAAUAGCAUAAAUGAAGUUAUUAAAAUACUUAACACUUAAUUUGACAGGAAGUGAGAUAAGCAUUGAUGGAUUAACCAAACUUGGAUAAGAGUUAAUUAAUUGUAAAAACCUGAAAUAUUUCUUUCUCUAUGUUAACAAUGAUCUCACUUUAGCGCUUUAAAACUUAGUCCAAGAUUUGUCUUUAAUUAAGAAUCUUACAAAUUUAACAAUAUCGAUAAGUGGAGAUGUUAGGAAUUAAAAAUAUCCUAUUAUUUUUAAAUUCAUGAAGAGGUGUAUUAGGCUAGUUAUGAUUAAAAUAGGAUUUUAUUUUAAUUGAUUAAAAAUGAACUAUUUAUAUUAUUUUCAUUAAAAAAAUAUAUAUUCAAAUUCAAAUUAAAAUAACUAAUACCAUAUAUUUUUUUUAACUAGCACUAAAAACAUGAAAAUUAUUUUGAAAAUUUUUAUAUUUAAAAAUAAAUUGAUUUUUUGGAAUUAAUUAAACUUCUCUCUCCC